AUCAGACGAUUGGGGUAUUUUUUGUACAAAAUACUACCCUGAUUUCUAGGUUAGACAUUCUGCAACUAACAACUUCUCUUUCAAACGACGCAGACGGAAAUCCUUGAGUAGACAAUUGCUAAACCAGUUCUCAAAAGACUAACGAGUUGACGUCACAGCCCUGAAGCAACAAUUUGACUCGAUAGUUUUUUGCAAAAGAAAUUACCGCCUUACAAUAAUAUCCCUUUUCAGCGAGUCAGACGAAAACCCGUGAGUGCACAAUUGCUAAACCAGUGCUGAAAAGGCUAACGAGUUCAGUGACGUCAGAGCCCUCAAGCAACAAUUUGACUCAGAGAUUACAAGUAUACCCGCGGAUAUACGCAGUGAAGGCAGAGAAAUACGCCUCGUAAAACCUCGCGAUGUACAUGUGAAAGGACGAUUCAAAUUAAUUUCAAGAUUCAAAGAAGUUUUAAAUUGAUGAUGUUGCUAGCUUAAGGCUAGUGCUCGCAUGGCAAAAAUAACCCUUGGUAUUAAUAAGUCAAUCCAUACGAUCCGAUAAGUGUUGAUUAUAAGUCUGUCAAAUGGUGCUGCGCACUAUUACUAAAAAUAGAUUUCAUCACCACAAGACGCACAGAAAUAUUUCGGGGGUCAAAUUUUCGUGACGUCAUUAGUGCCCGGUGCUAUUGUUUCUGCUCAUCUAAAUCAAGAUUCCUCUCUAAUGAGUCUCUAAUCAAGUCGGCUUUAUAAGUUGUUAUUAAUAUUUUAUCAUUCAAAUAGUUCACCCUGCUAUGAAAAAAUUGAUAACGGCUCUGCAAGAUCUUGUUACUGUGCUAAGUAUUCAGUGUAUCGAGUGGAAUGUUACAAGGCAAAGCAAACGGCAUGUUUUUCAAUUUGACGCAGAUGAAUUUCACGUCUUAUUUGAAAGCAAGCAAAGGAAACAAGUUGCAAAAGUUGCACCAUGCGGCUUUGUCUGGAAAUGAAGACGAAGUACAAAAACUGCUCGGAAAAGGAGUAGACGUGAACUCUCCGGAUUCAUUUGGCAAGACGCCGCUGCACAAUGCAAUCCUUGGUAAACACGUCAGUAUUGUGGAAUUGCUGCUCAAGUCAGGAGCUGAUGUCAAGUGCCUUGAUGAGCGAGGAGACACGCCCUUACACGCUGCAGUGAGAGUAGACAGUGAGACGAUUGUAGUGCUGUUGUUGAAUGACAGUAAGAGCGAUGUCAAUGCUAAAGGAUUCGGUGCGUACACGCCGCUUCACAUAGCCGCUCAAAUGGACAGCGUUGAUAUUUGCAAGCGAUUGGUCGAACGCGGAGGCGACAUAGCUCAGGCAGCCGAGGAUAAAAUGAGUCCGUUUAGCGUAGCAGUGGCUAAAGGCGCGCAAUCCGUGGCUGAGUACUUCGCUGGAGUUGUUCAGGAGAAACAACUUAAUUUGGAAGAUCUCCUAUACAAUGUUGAUGACGAGGGAAGUACUUUGCUUCAUUUGGCCGUGGACAGUGGAAGUCUGCCGAUUGUUGGGCUUUGUUUGAAGUUGGGAUCAAAAGCGCGGCAAACGAAGGAAUCUGACACCAGCACAGCUUUCCAUAUGGCAUGCGCACAAGGUUCACUAGAGAUUGUUCAGUUGUUCACGGGUGAGGAUCGUGACAUCUGCAAAGCAGAGAUCUUGGAUGAUCAAGGAAUGGUUCCUUUGCAUCGUGCAGCUCUUAACAAUCAUUCCACUGUCGUCAGUUUUUUACUAGAUCAGGGGGCCAAAGUGGAUCCUCGCGACAUUCAAGGACGAACCCCAAUAUACCUCGCAGCCUCAGUGGGUGGAACAGAAACUGUUCAAUUGUUAAUGGACCGAGGUGCCGACAUAACACUCAAAGAUGUGGAGCUGCGCUCGCCUUUGCACGUAGCCAUUGGAAAUUCAGCCACCAUGGAGGUCCUGAUUAAGAGCCCUGCAUCAAAGGCUUUAAUUAUUGACAAAGAUGGCACUGGAUAUACCCCAGUGCACUACGCCGCACGAGCCGGUUAUUUGCAGCACAUCAUUCUCUUUAUCAACAAAAACAAGGCCGCUGAACAAGUCCCAUCAGACUCUUUGGACACGCCUCUUCACAUCGUUUCUCGGUAUGGCUGGCUAGAGAUCGCCGAAAGGCUGCUCAAGAAAAGAAAUGUCAGAAUGAUGAAUUUACAGAAUAACCAAGGUAAAACGGCCCUUCACUUCGCUUGUCACGAAGGACAUGAGCAAAUAGCUCAACUCUUGUUGGUGGAAGGCGCUACUAUUGAAAGGGAUCAUCACGACCGUACUCCCCUGCACAUGGCAGCUUUAAAAGGUUCAGAGCGCUGUGUAGAGUACAUACUGGAGGCUCAUCCAGAAAGUCUCAACGCCCUUGACAAACAUCAGAACACAGCCCUUAAUCUUGCUGCUACAAGUGGUCACGCCUCUCUAGUUUCCUAUUUGCUGUCUGUGAAAGAGCAAGAAAUCCUGUUAAAUUCCCACAACCAGAAUGUUCUUGAUCUCGCCAUCUCCAACGACAAAGAGGAGGUUGCAAUGGCAAUCAUCGAACAUUCCAGGUGGAAGGAAGUCAUUGAUGCUGCGGUAGGAGGAGGAGUGUCUCAGAUACAGACAUUAGUGGAAAAAAUGCCUGAUGUUGCUGAGCGUGUUCUAGAUCAGUGUGUUGAACAGGAAGGCGAUCCAAGCAGCAAAGAUUUUAAGAUAACCUACAAUCUGCGGCUGAUACAAGGAAAGCAAAGCAGCGUCACAGCUUCGCUGGAACAUUCUCUUGACGCGCUGAAGACUAUGGCGGAGCGACGCCGUGAAAACUGUCUGACUCAUCCUGUGUGCUAUGUACUGAUGAACAUCAAAUGGAAGAAAUUCGGGUGGAUAACAUUUAUCGUGAAUCUGUGCCUGUACUUGUCCUUCCUUCUGCCUUUCACCGCCCUCGCAGUAUACCUCAAGAUCAAUAUCCUUGAGCUGUGUGAUUACCAGUUUGAAAACAUGACGAAGCAUCGGACUGGCUAUUACGAACACAAACCAUGGGACUGGCACGAUGACGAUGGGAUAUCUUGCAAUGAUUCCAACAAGACUGUUGUGGGUCUGCACUACUUUGUGAUCGUUUUCGCCUUCAUUCACCUCAUAAAGGAGAUGUUACAGAUUGUCAGACAGCGUCUCAAGUAUUGGAAAACCAUAACAAACUACAUCGAGUGGGUUAUUUACGUGUCUGCUCUGGUAUUUGUUAUUCCGAUCUGUGCUUGUAAGGCACACUACAAACCUGAAGCUGCGGCAUUUUCCUUGUUCUUUGCUUGGCUCAAUCUUGUCCUUUAUUUCAGAAGGUUGUCUUACUAUGGCAAGUACGUGAUCAUGCUUCUCACUAUGUUCAAAACACUUUUCCAGGUGCUGCUUCUCUUCUUUUUGUUCGUAGUGGCGUUCGGGACAACAUUUUUCUUGCUCAUGUAUAACAAAGAAAACUUCAGUACUUUCGAAUACGCCUUGCUGAAAACCUUUGCUAUGACUCUGGGUGAGUUAAACUACGAGUCAGACUUCAUUCCUGACGUCAAACUGCACUAUCCCUUGGCCGCCAACGCUGUAUUCGUGUUUUUUUGCCUGGCAAUGCCUAUCAUCCUCAUGAACAUGCUGAUUGGUUUAGCUGUGGGAGACAUCGACAAGAUACAGCAGAAGUCUGUCAUGGCUCGUUACGUCAUGCAGGUCGAAUUACUAUUGGAGAUUGAAGAAUCCCUUCCACAGUGGAUUUUAAGGCGAGUCCAGGUUGACAAAUACGAAGAGUUUCCGAACAGGAAAUCCAAGCUUCAGACGAAGCUGUACGAGAAAUUCAUUGGGUUUGGAAAAGCAGAAACCAAAGCAGAUGACGACAGUAUUCCUCCAGUCAUGGGACACAUUAUUGACAAGAUGAUGGAACAAGAUUCAAAGAUUGAGGAGAUACAUACCAUGCUGAAAGAACAGUCCAAGAUCCUCAAAGCCAUCGGCCAACGCGAGGGAGUGGAAGAAACCGGAAAUAGAAAGAGUAUUAUUGGAUGGUUCUUAAAGAAACACUAGGUUCCUUUGACGCGUUGAUUCGUAAAAAACAAAAAGCGCUCAAAACUUUUUCUCAUUUACGUACGCGGCUCUUUUUGUGUGUCAGUGUAUUGCUUCUAUGACACAAGAGCGCUAUAAUUACAUGUAUAAGCUAAAAUAAAAUGAAAUAACUGAAGGCAGAAAUUGAGAAGAAGUAUAAGUUAGAAAAGACAACUUCUUAGAGAUGAUAGAGCUUUCAAGUCAUUCGGUUCAAAACAAACCCAUUUGUGGCAUAGCUCAGCAGAGUUUCGUCAGUGUAGCGUCGUUCAUUGGUUCAGUAGCUUGUGCACAAAAUUUCAAAAUCGAGCGACAACCCGAUCAGGUACACAGGGCCGGGUUGCUCCAAAGCCGGUUAACGCUAACCCAGGAUUAAAGGUUAACCGAAGCAUUAAUUUUUACUGCGUAAAAAUGUUUUCUACUGUUUACGUUUUGUGUAGUUUGAGCUUCGUCAAGCUCAAGACUGAAGGACAAACAGU